AAACAAUCCGAGCACUGGGAUUGGUUACGUACUGUGAGUCGUGCUGCACACACGUGACGCAAGGGGCGGGCUUGUCAUGGCUUCUGGGGCAACAGCUGAGGAGCCGGUGCAAUUUAAGUAAAAUAAGUCAGUGGCUUAUGGCCAUGGAGACUUCCCUACCGGUUCUACCUGCGGCCAGUCAUAUCCCCUGUGUAACGGAAAAUCACUUGGAAAAGGAGAACGAGAACAGCGAGAGGCUUAAUGAUGACGGAGCCCAAGCACUGGUUAAAGAAAGCAAAGGAGAUGCGGUUUUAGGGGUGCAGGAAUCAAAUCAGGGCUCGGAACUGGCAGCAUCGGUUACUUUACCGCCUGCAUGUAGCCAGGGGGAAAAUGGCACGGAAUCUUCCCCUCCUGCCCUCUCAGUCCCUCAGUCACUUACCCCCGAGGAACCAAGCAGCAGCGGGCAGAGCCUACCUGCAGCCUCCCAGAGCCUGGAUUCACUGGCGUCCUUCUCCAACCUCCUGUCAUGUCCCAGCUCCGAGUUAAACAGCGAGGGGCCAGAUGAGAAAGGCAGUGCUACAGAGGAAGGGGAGGAAGGCCAAGAUGGAGUGGCUCCAAGGGACAGGUUCCCUGGGCAGUCAGUGUAUCAUAUUAAAUGGAUCCAAUGGAAAGAGCAGAGCACGCCAAUAGUAACUCAGAAUGAGAAUGGUCCAUGUCCCUUGUUGGCUAUUAUGAAUGUCCUGCUUCUGGCCUGGAAGGUAAAAUUGCCAUCAAUGAUGGAAAUUAUUACGGCUGAGCAGCUUAUGGAAUACCUAGGAGACUACAUUUUAGAUGCAAAACCAAAAGAAAUAUCUGAAGUGCAACGUUUGAACUAUGAGCAGAAUAUGAGUGAUGCAAUGGCUAUCCUACAUAAAUUACAAACAGGCCUUGAUGUCAAUGUGAAAUUUACUGGAGUUAGAGUAUUUGAGUACACUCCUGAGUGUAUUGUGUUUGAUCUCCUUGAUAUACCUUUGUACCAUGGAUGGCUGGUGGACCCUCAGGUUCCAGAAGUAGUGAAAGCAGUUGGUAACUGCAGCUACAACCAGCUGGUUGAAAAAAUCAUCCUCUGCAAGCAGUCAGACAACAGUGAAUUAGUUAGUGAAGGCUUAGUUGCCGAACAGUUUCUAAGUGGCACUGCCACACAGCUGACAUACCAUGGGCUAAGUGAGCUGACUACAGCCUUGCAAGAAGGAGAAUUGUGUGUGUUCUUCAGGAAUAAUCAUUUUAGCACCAUGGUUAAACACAAGGGUGAACUAUACCUUCUUGUAACAGACCAAGGAUUUCUUACUGAAGAAAACAUUGUCUGGGAGAGUUUGCAUAAUGUGGAUGGUGAUGGAAACUUCUGCAACUCUGAAUUCCACCUAAGGCCUCCAUCUGAUCCGGAAACUGUGUACCAAGGACAGGAAGACCAAAUCAAUCAGGAUUAUUUAAUGGCGCUGUCACUACAGCAAGAACAGCAAAACCAAGAUAUCGACUGGGAGCAAAUCCCAGAAGGCAUCAGUGAUCUAGAACUGGCUAAAAAACUUCAGGAAGAAGAAGACCGCAGAGCCUCACAGUAUUAUCAGGAGCAAGAGCAAGCGGCAUCAGCUGCUCCACCCCAGGGAGCACAACAAGCACUGCCCGCUUCCAGUCCUUCAAGUAGCCGACCAACCACUGGUGGGGAAAGAAAGAGGAAAGAGCCCCGGGAAAAGGAGAAAGAAAAGAAUUCAUGUGUCCUGUUGUAACGCACAGCUAAGAUUUGAGCUGUAUUAGGAAAAGUAAUGGCAGCGGGUGAAGGAAACCUAUGGAAAACACCAGUUCUUAUACCAUCUGUGCCUGAAUAAACCCCACUCUGUUUCAAUGGGGAAUUUGUUACAGACAUUCAAUAGACUUUAGCACUUAUUACUCAUAUUUAUUUGAAACACUUGUCACAUCAUUGCCAAGAAGAAAAGCGCAUAGGACCUAUAUAUUCUGGACUUAUCCUCUUUUCUACAAUAUUUAUAUGCUUCACUUUUAUCCUUAAUAAUAAAAUGUACUUAACUCUUAAUAUAGGGAGAGGAAUGUAGUUUGUUUUCCAUCAAAAACUCUAAUGAAAGCAAUGGGAAGUACUGCUGAAACCUGCAGUGGGGAUACAGAGCAAGAGAUUUGGGAAAGGACAAAUGACUGGAGAAGCUGCUUUCACAUCAUGAUUUGAUUCAUCCCCAUGUAGUUUUCAGGAACAACAUCACAAGACCUGUGCUGUUCAACACUCAAUCAGUUGAUUAGCCGCAAGCUCUUGCUCAGAGGAAAUGUACAGAUUUUUCACUUAAACCAAUAUAAAGGAAAUAUUUAUCCACAACCAUCACUGUGUCUGGGUAUUAUGCCCAAAAUGUCAGGUUUAAGUGUUUUCUGACAAAUACACUUUGACAGAACGGACCAGAACGACAAUGUCUUUGUUUUAUGUAUAUAUAGAUAUUGUUCCACAGGAAGCUUAGUAGAGCUAAGUGAUUAGAUUGUGUGCAGCUUUGUGUUAGACAGUCAAAACCUUGAAAUAUUUUGCCAUUACGACCAUUAACAUAGCUACUGCUGUAUUUGUAUAUCAAGCCACUACCAUUAUCCUUCAUUGACAAUUCUCUAAGGUUAAUGUGGGGCUGGUAAUAUCUGCAAUAGUGAUAUGCUUUAAACAAGGACUUAAACUGUGGAAAAGUGACCCAAAUGCAUGUUGGGCAGAUCAGUACAGCUUGUAGUGGUAUCUGAUAAACUGAAAAAAUGUACCUACUAUUGCUAUUAGUGUUAGUAUUUUAUUUAUUCACUUUAAUUAAAGGGGAAGUGGCAUUGAUAUAAGCAUUCACCCAAACUUGAGUUCAUCUUUAUUAAUAAUAAUAAUAAAACUGUGCUGUUCUGUUUGUCAGUAUAGUUGUGCAAAAUGUUUCCUUCUGCCUAUUAGAGCAGGUGAGAUAUGUCAGCAGUUCAGUACAGUAGGACAGUGUUUGGGUCAGAGAUCAAAGAAAAACCUGGAAGUAUAGAGUCUGCAGUGCUGGCACAAACCCUAUUCAUAUGGGGAGCUGCGCUACCGAUCUUCUGUAGCAAAUGGUUACAAAUAAAUGGUUUCGAUAUUGGCCAUUAAAGAGUUUUAGGUUUAACUUGGCAGAAUAUAGCAGUGCCAACUUCUUGUAUGUGCAGAUAGUUUGUCAUGGGCUGAUUUGUGCAUAUACAGAGCUAGUGCUGUGCAACUUUCUUUGGGCAUUGGGGCUCUUUGUUUGAUUUAUUCUUUCUUAUAUUUGCAGACUCUAUUAUAUUCAAAAUAUGAUUGUUUACAAAGACCUAUCUUUAGCCCUUGGAUAGGCUGGGGGUCAUAAACUACUGAAGAGCCAUGCAAGGCCCUUUUGUUUCCAGCUGGAUACAUAGUGGAAGUUUAAGGGGGUGGCAUGAAUAUAAAAGGCAAGUUUGAAGAUAGAGCAAGGCAUAUUUCUUGGCACACUGGUUAUGGCCCACACAGUGUAUUGCUACCACUCAGUACCCCUGCUCACCGUUGUCACCUCGCAAUGAUAUUAGUGCAUAUUUUUGUGAGAUUUUCAUUAACAACCACAGAUGCUGUAGGCCAAGUGCAAUUUUGAGCACAAUUACUCACAAUGCAGCCUACAGCAAAACUGUGUUUGUCAGGGGGAGAUUUCUCUGAUGCAAUAUUGGGCAAUGUGCUACAAGUUCAGAACAGAAGGAAGGCAGCUGCGGCAAACGCCACUAUAUGGAAGUGCAAGGAGCGCAUGUUGAUGCAAGUACCUUUGGGAUUUUUCGCCCAACUGGCUACAGCCAAUUUAGCAGCUCUGCAACUGCACUUAUGGUUGUAAUGACCCCUAUGCUGUUAUAGUGGGUGACUUGCUUUUUAUUGUUAUUAUAUUUUAUUUUGUUAAUAAUGACUGUUAUACUUCAUAUUAAGAAAACCCCCAUUUGACAUGGAACCAAAGUGCAUUCAUGCAUGUAAUAUUAGCAGUUAUGUGCCUAAAGCUCCCAUUAGAAUUCCUUCCAGAAGUUCUCUCCUUGGUUUUACUCGUUCCUUUUGGGCAGCUGUGAUGUGGCACUUAUUCAUGUCAUUUAUUCUCUUGCCUUUGCUUUGAUGUUAUUGGGUUAUCUUGGAUAAGGCUGCCCAGAGUAUAGCUAUGUGGCUGUCAGGGGCUGCUAGAAGAUGUUAAUUAGCUACAGGUACACAUGGUUUGGCACCAUUGGCUAUAAAAUGAUUUUCCAGCUAAGAAAUGCUGUUUCUACUUGGCUAUCUAAUUUCUGCUUUUAAACGGAUAUCAAAGUCCUACAAGAACUACUGCGGUUAAAGACUUAUGGCUUUUAUUCCAUUUCAGUGCUGCUAGUUAGUUGGGUUCUUACAUAGUUAAUAUGAAUGGAUUAUUUACUAGCAAGAAUCCCCAGUUUAAAGAAUCAUAAGCUUAUUGCAGAUAUUGCACAGCGCCAACAUUACCCAGGGAUGUAUAUUGCCUUUUAUACUGGGUUUCUUUUCCACCAAGUUAUCAUUUUAUAUUUCUCUGUGAUGUACAAAUGUAACCAAUGUCUUUUUUUUUUUUUUUUCUCUUUUAUUUACUCCUUUGAUGUAGGCGGAUCUUUCUAGUGUAGUGCUUGGUAAAUUGCUAUAUGCUGUAUUGACAACUGUUGAUACUUAUACCGUUAUAAAGUGCUAAUUGUUGGUAAGGCUUCUUACUUCUCUCCUGGUUUCAUUUGUUACAGAAAAUGUGCAUUAAGGAUUUUUUUUUUUUUAAAGAAAUAGACACAGCGCUUUCCUUAGCCAAAACUUAGCACUGGCACAAAGUACCUGGACUAUUGACAUUAAAGGUGGAUUAUCAUUUUA